AAAACAUUUAUCGUCCGGCAAUUGUGUUGUUCAUACCCCCCCCAAAGGGCCAGUCUCCCUGCCCACCGAAACAAUUUUACCUGUUUUUUGUCUGUUUUUUAACUUUUAUUUUGUUAUUUUUUAUUUCUGUAAUUUCUGUGAUUGUUGUGCGUGCAUUUUCGACAAUUUUUGGGCAUUCCAAAGUGUGCAUACAUAUAUAUUUUAUUUUUUGUCAGUCGUUUUUAUCACAUAUAUGUAUAUGUAGUUACCGUUAUGUGCAUGGCAUUACACUAAUUGUUUUAGUACCAACAUACACAUACAAAAAUGGCAAAAGAUAACGGUAAAACGCAAAAGGAGCUAACUCACAUUGAAAUGGAUGUGGAGAAACGGGAACAGAAACCUAUUCCAUAUCCCAAGUCGGUGGCAUUCAUUAUCAGCAAUGAGUUUUGCGAAAGGUUUAACUAUUAUGGCAUGCGCACAAUUUUGGUCUUGUACCUCACCAAUAAGCUCGGUUACAAUGAGGAAGCUGCCACGGUGCUAUUUCACACGUUUACAAUGCUCGUUUAUAUAUUCCCACUGGUUGGAGCUCUCAUUGCAGACGGUUGGAUGGGCAAAUACAAAACGAUAUUGUAUUUGUCGAUAGUUUACAGUAUUGGAGCCAUGAUUGUAUCCUUUGGAGCAGUACCAUUGGAGGGAAUGCCCAUCAAAUUGGUAACUAUUAUAGGCCUUUUAUUAAUUGCCAUGGGCACUGGAGGUAUCAAACCCUGCGUUUCGGCCUUUGGUGGGGAUCAAUUCCUUUUACCCGAUCAGAGUGCACAAUUGGCCAAGUUUUUCUCACUGUUCUACUUUGCAAUUAACGCCGGAUCGAUGAUCUCCACGACGGUCACGCCCAUAUUACGAGAAGAUGUCCAUUGCUUUGGCGAACACGAUUGCUUUUCGCUGGCCUUUGGAGUACCAGCCGUUUUGAUGUUGGUCUCAGUGCUGAUCUUUAUUGCCGGCAAGAGCCGUUAUCGUUGUAAUCCACCGGCCGGAAACAUGAUUUUCGGUGUAUCGCAGUGCAUUACGGAUGCCUAUAAGGGAUGGCGUAAGCAACGCAAUGUUGAGCCUUUGCCCCAUUUCCUGGAUUAUGCGGAACCAACGGUGGGACCCCAAAUGGUCUACGAAACGAAAUGUUUGGCCAAAAUUCUGGUGUUGUAUCUGCCAUUUCCCAUUUUUUGGGCUCUAUUCGAUCAGCAGGGAUCGAGAUGGACAUUCCAAGCAACUCGCAUGGAUGGAGAUGUCUGGGGCUAUCACAUCAAACCCGAUCAGAUGCAAGUGGUCAAUCCGUUGCUUAUUCUGGCAUUCAUUCCGCUGUUUGACUAUGUCGUUUAUCCUCUCCUGAAACUGAUAGGCAUUAAACGACCUCUACAGAAGCUUACAAUUGGUCUCUUACUAGCGGCAAUGGGUUUUUUCCUCUCUGCCGGACUUGAAAUGAAAAUGGAAGAACCUUCGCCACUGUCAGCCCCCACAGAGCCCAACAUGACCCAUUUGCGACUGUAUAAUGGAAUGCCCUGCCGCUAUGAAUUCACCAUGAAUAUUAAUGGAACUUCUGAACAGCAUUCAAUCGAACCACUUGGCAUGUGGUCAGAUCUUGCCAUACAUUUACCCAAAUCUAAGGAGUACACCUUCAAGGCUGUGUCAUCGCAGGGAGGAGGAAAAUGUUCUUCACCCAUUGAGGGUAAAUUACACUUGCAUCCGGGCAAGUCCAUUGGUUAUUUUUUGAUUGGAAAUCACAUUGAAGAAUUUGCCGAUGGCUUGGCAAAUAUUCAUAGUCCAAAUAGUGCGACAUAUCUCAGGAUUCUCAUUAAUACACCCAAAGAUGAGGGUCCAAUUUUACUUAGGAUUCCUGGUUCUAGUCUUUCGUCCCGAUCACUCGAUAUGCGCAAUUUCUCACAGUUACACAAAGUCAGUCAAGGUUAUGGGGAAGUGGAUAUCAAUGGAAAGAAGGUGGCCAACUUUGAGACCAAAAUAGGAGGACUAUACAGUCUGCUUUUGGAGGGCAAUGCUCAAGCGGGCUAUCAAUUCAAGAUGUUUGAAGUUGUCUCCCCCCGAUCGAUUUCGAUACUAUGGCAACUGCCACAAAUUGUUGUCAUGACUGCGGCGGAGAUUAUGUUCUCGGUAACGGGACUGGAGUUUUCGUUCACCCAGGCCCCGGCUAGCAUGAAGUCGGUGCUGCAAGCCUGUUGGCUUCUAUCGGUGGCCAUUGGUAACAUGAUUGUUGUCGUUAUAGCCGAAAUUAAAUUUGUCGAUUCGCAAUCGGCUGAAUUUGCUUUAUUUGCCACUCUAAUGUUGGUUGAUAUGAUGAUAUUCCUUUUCCUGGCUCGCAACUAUCAGUACGCGAAUCACUCUGAGAGCACUGAGAAUGAAAGCAAUGGACACACACAUAAAGAUGCGUCUAAAGAAGAGCCACAAAUCCAUGACCACACUGUGGUCACACCUCGCAAAUCAGCUGGAGCUGAACCCGUAUACGGAGCAUAUCGUAAUCAUGCCUAUGAUGACGAUCAUUCCGAGGCCUAACUGGCAUUUAAAAUAUGUUUUAUUUGUUUUGUGUAUAUAUUUAUGUGUCCAGAAUGUUAAUUCAACGGAUCGAAUAUGUUUUUAUCGAAUUUAUGUAAUAAGAUUUUAUUUAUACUUUUUGUACAUUUUGUAACUAUUUUUGUUAAUAUAUGUAUAUUUAUUUAUUUUAAAUCAGAAACUGUUCCCAUUUUGAAAUUCAACGUUAAGACAAAUUGUCUCUGAAUGGAGUUGCCCCAGCGCCAGAAAAUUAAAAUUGUUUGUGGCGCCCCACAACUUGGGGCUGUGCAGUCUGGCAACUCUGCAGGCAAACAAAGUUAUCUCUCCUAACGGAAAAACAGUUACUGUGUGUGUUUAUUGAACUGCCCUCGUAUUUAAAAACGGCAUUGCCAGCAGGAAAAAAAGCAAUGUAGUUAGGUAGUUGAAGACAAUUUCUGAGAAAAAUUUUCAAGGGCAUGGCAAGAAAAGGUCUUGAAAAAUAGACUUCCAGGUAGACAGCUGCAUGUCUGAGAAACUGUAAAAUUAAGAACCCUUGGUAAAAAGAAAAAAAAAAACAAACCGGAUUAGGGGAUGCAAAUCUGCAUGCAUCUACCUGGUAAAAGGUCCCAUGGUCAGAGACGCCGAGUACUCGGGACUGAAACCAAGUCUUCCUCGUUGCAACUUCAGCGAGUCGGUUAUCAGUCGAGUAAUAGCAUUUCAACCUAACGGGCACAUCCCGUGUGUGAAGGCAUUGAUAUAAUUUUUCUUUAAGUUUAGCUAUAGUGAAAAUGUGAAUUAGUUUUGAAAAAAAAAAAACAGUGGUAGACCUUAGCAAUUUCCAAAAGUUCUAAACAAAAGAUAAUGUGGAAAAAAAAUCAAAGUUCUGUCAGCUAAUUGCACCUAUUUUUCUGUGGUGUCAUUUGUUGUUGAGAUGACUCACAACUCUUGGCGCUGGAAAAUUUCGGCAUGUAUCUGUUGCUCUAUGAAGGGACUUUAACUUUGCAUUUCGAGGUCGAAGCCUAUGUGCGUGUACAUAUUCUUAUGUAUACACAUAUCUAUAACGCUUUUUAUGGAAAAAUUUUGCCAGCUCUGCCAAAAUGCAUGCAAAUGAAAGACUUUUGUUUGGUGCCACACAGGAAAAUGAAAAAUCCAACACGACACGACACUUGAGAGAUGAAGCGUAAAAACAUACUUCAAAUCGUACAGUGCCAGUGUGUGGUGGCAUCACACGAAAGCGAAAGAGAUGAAAUCGGGCGAGUAAGGCGCUCCUACUCGCACACGAAUCGACGAAGAGCUGGGAAAAUGUUUGCAUUUGAAGCGGAAAGAAGCGAGACGGCUAUAGACCAGAGGAAUGCAAA